AUUCUGGAGUUAUUAGACUUUACCCAGAAGAAUCAACCCUGCACAGUAUUUUCUAUAUUUAUUGGCCGCCACCAUCGUAUAUGUGCGCACAAAUCCUCCUGUGAUCUCCUCUCAUCUGAAUUGCCUUGGUCCCCUCUCUGCCUCUCUCUCUCUCUCUAUACACACACACACACACACACACACACCAGCAUGGCCUCCUCCAGGUUGUUGGCCUUUCUAGCUGUUGUUGUCAUAUUCAUGCCCAUGGCUGCUAAAGGAGGUCCUCUGGAUGAUAUUUUAGACAAGGUUUGUGACCAAGUGGAGUGUGGGAAGGGAAAGUGUGUGGUGAAUACAAGUUUGCCCUUAAACUUCAUCUGUGAAUGUGAUUCUGGCUGGAAGCGAACCAAAGAUUACGACAAUAACACCUAUGCCAACAACUUUCUCCCAUGCGUCAUUCCUGAAUGUAGCCUGGACUACGGUUGCCAGUCAGCUCCGCCUCCAGUCCCUGACAGGGAAUAUCCCUACAACCUCUCUGCCUUCGAUCCCUGCUAUUGGGCUUACUGCGGGGAGGGUCAUUGCACGAGGAACAGAACACGUACGCACUCGUGUGAAUGCGAUUCGGAUUACUUCAAUCUUCUCAAUAUUUCAGUUUUCCCGUGUUACAGUUCAUGCACUAUCGGGUCCGACUGUUCAAGGCUUGGAAUCAGGGUGGCCGAUUCAACUUCCAGUGACGGCGGUGAAGCUAAUCCAGCAAUUUCAAUCCGUGCGGGGAGGCUCUAUUGGAUGGUAAUGCUGUUGCUGUCCACUGGUGUGGUCAUGUGGAAUUAGCAGGCAGCUAGCAGUGAGGCAGGCGGGUGGCUUUAAUUAUCAGAUUGAUGUGAUUGUUUCUUCAGUCUUAUUAUUUAUUUGUGGGUGUAACAUAGAGUGUAUAGUAUGUGUAUACAAAUAAAUGGCAGCGCAGUUUAUGGCGGAUGAUGACUGUCAUAUGUCGUAUAGUCCAUACACUCACUCUCCCAUAUUCACAUUCCUUCCAUAAGCUGUGUGUUCCUGGCUAUUCUCUCAGUGUAUACUAUCGUCAGCAUCGCUUGUGUUUU